AUGCCAGAAGAUGAAGAAUUAUUUACCAAUUUGGUAGACCUUUAUGAUGUUUCAUUUAUUUUACAAACACUUGAAAAACUUUUAGCUGAUAAAAUGUUUGAAGAUGAUGAUUAUGAUAGCAAAUUGCUAUCAGCAUUUCCUAACAAUAAUAUUAUCUCGUAUGGACUAAUUGGAUUAUUUUUUUCACAAUCCAUUCUUAUUAAAAUUUUAACAAACACUAAUGAAUAUGCAAAAGCUGGUAUAGUUGGACAUGUUUGGUUAUCUUUAAUAUUAGAUGAAUUAAAAAUUUGGUUAGGAAUCGUUAUAUAUAUGGGUGUAAUUAAGUUGCCAAGAGUAACAGAUUAUUGGUUAGUUAAUCCUAAAUAUCCUAGACAUGAUAUUAUUCAAACAAUAUCAAUUUAA